AGCGGCGGGAUAAAACCCAGCAUGUGUGAAGGAACGGGGGCAUUGUGAGACAUGGAGAGCAUACGGCCUGCCGCUCCACUCCGGAGCAUCAUCCUGUUUCUUGCCUUCUGCCAAAUAUCUCUGCAAGGAGGAGUUCCUGGUGCUGGAGUAGGAGGCCAGUUCUAUCCAGGUGCAGGUGCUUAUCCAGGUGCAGGUGCUUAUCCAGGUGCAGGUGCUUAUCCAGGUGCAGGUGCUUAUCCAGGUGCAGGUGCUUAUCCAGGAGCUGGUGUAGGAACAGGAGGCAUUGCACCCGGAAUAGGAGCAGGUGUAUACCCUGGAGGCAAACCUCCCAAACCAGGUGUUGGCGGUGCUGGAGCAGGAGGUUUGGGUGCAGGAGGACUUGGGGGACUAGGAGUUGGUGGCCUUGGAGCUGGUGGAAAGCCUGGAAAAGCAGGCUAUUUGCCAGGAGGCCCUGGAGCUGGUGCAGGAGUUGGUGACCCUGGGGCUCAGGAGGUAGAAGCAGAGGCAGAAAGUGCCCAAGAAGAACAGGGUGCUGCGGAAACUCCAUUACCAGAACCACAAAGCCAACCAUGGCCAUUUCUGAAGUGCAAAGGUGGCGUCCCUGGGGCAUAUCCGGGUGCUGGAUUACCAGGUGCCGGCGUUGUGCCUGGAGUCUCCACAGGAGCGGUAGUGCCACAAGCAGGUGUUCAGCCAGGAGCAGCAGGGAAACCAGGAAAGCUGCCAGGUGCGGGAAUUCCUGGUGUCUUUCCUGGAGGACUUGUUCCGGGAACAGGGGGACGAUUCCCAGGAGUUGGCGUCCUUCCUGGAGUAGCCACUGGGAAUGGAGUCAAGCAAAAAGCUCCAGGUGGUGGUGCAUUUGCUGGAAUUCCAGGUUUUAAUGGAUUUGGUGGACAGCAGCCAGGUGUGCCUCUCGGAUAUCCAAUUAAAUCUCCAAAACUUCCAGGUGGAUAUGGACUUCCAUACACAGCAGGAAAGCCUGGAUAUGGCUAUGGAGCUUUUGGUGCCGGGGCUGCUGGGAAGGCUGGGAAGGCUGGAUACCCCACAGGAACUGGGGUUGGCGCCCUGACAGCAGCACAGCAAGCUGCAGCGAAAGCAGCCAAGUAUGGAAUUGGAGGUAUUCCUGGAGCUGUUCCUGGUACUGGUCUAGGUGGGGUUCCAGGUUUAACGCCCGGAGGUGGCGCUGUACCAGGUGUGGUGCCUGGUCUGGUCCCUGGUGCUGGAGGAGUUCCUGGAGCAGGCAUUCCUCAGCUUGGAGUCCAGCCUGGUGCCAAGGCCUCUAAAUAUGGUUUGCCUGGUGUUGGUGGAGUACCCGGCGUUGGUGGUGUACCCGGUGUUGGUGGUGUACCUGGUGUUGGUGGAGUACCUGGUGUUGGUGGAGUACCCGGUGUUGGUGGUGUGCCUGGAGUUGGUGGUGUUCCGGGGCCAACAAUUAGUGGUUUGGGAGCUAAACCCCCGAAGAUAGGAGGUGUUGGAGCAGGUGGCUUUCCAGCAGGAGUUGGAGUUGGUGCUGGUGGGCUGCCCACUGGAGUUGGUGUCGGAGGUGUUCCAGGUGCAGGUGCAUACCCUGCAGGGGGCAAACCACCUAAGCCAGGCUAUGGAGCAGGAGCUGGAUUAAUACCUGGGGGCGGAAUAACACCAGGAGCUGGACUGGGAGCUGGACUAGUACCAGGAGCAGGAACAGGAGCAGGCUUGUACCCUGGAGGCAAACCACCUAAACCAGGUUAUGGAUUGCCUGGAGGUGCAUUAACACCUGGAGCUGGACUGCAACCUGGAGCUGGACUACAACCUGGAGCUGGACUACAACCUGGAGCUGGACUACAACCUGGAGCUGGACUACUACCUGGAGCUGCAACAGGAGCAGGCGCGUACCCUGGAGGCAAACCACCUAAGCCAGGAUUAGGCAUUGGUGGACUGACACCUGGGGUAGCUGGACUAGGACCAGGAGCCGGAUUAGUACCUGGUGCUGGCGGAUUGGCACCUGGGGCAGCUGGAGGUGCAUACCCAGGGGGAAAGCCACCAAAACCAGGAGCUGGAUUGGUACCUGGCGCUGGUGGAUUGGUACCUGGUGCUGGUGGGUUGGCACCUGGUGCUGGUGGAUUGGUACCUGGUGCUGGUGGAUUGGCACCUGGCGCUGCUGCAGGUGCAUACCCAGGGGGGAAGCCACCAAAACCAGGUUAUGGACCUGGAGCUGGAUUGUUUCCUGGAGCUGGUGUGCAGCCUGGUGGAAUUGGAGCAGGAGUGGCACCUGGAGCUGGAGGCUUGUAUCCAGGAGCAGGAGGCAAACCACCUAAACCAGGUUAUGGACUCGGAGCUGGAUUAGUACCUGGUGGUGGUUUAGUGCAACCUGGAGGAAUUGCAACAGGAGUGGCACCAGGGGGAGCUGGUGGCUUGUAUCCAGGAGCAGGAGGCAAACCACCUAAACCAGGUUAUGGACCUGGAGCUGGAUUUGUACCUGGAGCUGGUAUAGGGGCUGGGGCUGGGGCUGGACUGCAACCUGGAGGAAUUGGAGCAGGCGUGGCACCAGGGGGUGUUGGUGCUGGGGGCUUGUAUCCUGGAGCAGGAGGCAAACCACCUAAGCCAGGUUAUGGACCUGGAGCUGGAUGGGUACCUGGAGCUGGUGUAGGACUUGGGACUGGAGUGCAACCUGGAGGCACUGGAACAGGCGUGGCACCAGGGGGCAUUGGAGCUGGGGGCUUGUAUCCAGGAGCAGGAGGAAAACCACCUAAACCAGGUUAUGGACCCGGAGCUGGAUUGGUACCAGGAGCUGGUGUAGGGCCUGGGGCUGGACUGCAACCUGGAGGAAUUGGAGCAGGGGGCGUUGGUGCUGGGGGCUUGUAUCCAGGAGGCAAACCACCUAAACCAGGUUAUGGACCUGGAGCUGGAUAUGUACCUGGAGCUGGAUAUGUACCUGGAGCUGGUGUAGGGCCUGGGGCUGGACUGCAACCUGGAGGAAUUGGAGCAGGGGUGGCACCAGGGGGCGUCGGUGCUGGGGGCUUGUAUCCAGGAGGCAAACCCCCUAAACCAGGUUAUGGACCCAGAGCUGGAUUGGGAACUGGAGCUGGUAUAGGGGCUGGACUGCAACCUGGAGGAAUUGGAGCAGGUGUGGCACCAGGAGGCGUUGGUGCUGGGGGCUUGUAUCCAGGAGGCAAACCCCCUAAACCAGGUUAUGGACCCGGAGCUGGAUUUGUACCUGGUGUAAGUAAUGGGGCUGGACAACAACCUGGAGGAAUUGGGACAGGCGGUGUACCAGGGGGCAUUGGAGCUGGGGGCUUGUAUCCAGGAGGCAAACCCCCUAAACCAGGUUAUGGACCCGGAGCUGGAUUGGGAACUGGAGCUGGUGUAGGGGCUGGACUGCAACCUGGAGGAAUUGGAGCAGGCGUGGCACCAGGAGGCAUUGGUGCUGGGGGGUUGUAUCCAGGAGCAGGAGGGAAACCACCUAAACCAGGUUAUGGAGCUGGUGUAGGGCCUGGGGCUGGAGUGCAACCUGGAGCAAUUGGCGGAGGAGCUGGACUAGGAGGAGUUGGAGCUGCAGGCUUGUAUCCAGGAGCAGGAGGCAAACCACCUAAGCCAGGUUAUGGAGGUGGCAUUGGAGCUGGUCUAGGACUUGGAGUAGGUGGUCUUGGAGGUGCUGGACAGUUAGGAUAUCCUCUAGGAGGAGCUCAGAAACCAUCUAAAUCUUACUACAGAGGUGGCGGCCUCUGUGGUCAAGGAAAGUACUGCGGGCGACGAAGAAAAUAAGCAGCCAAAGAGCUACGAGUAACCUCAUCAACUAUGGUGCUACUGCAUGGUGUGAAUGUAAAAGGAUUCAAGAAUCCCCUCUGUUUUUCCAUCCCCGCAUUCCUUCCCCAGCCCUUAUUUUGUCCAUUUAGCAUCCAUCUCUCUGAACACGGAGUCAGGCAGCUACACAUAAUAUAGGGAAGCCUGCAAUCUGACACUCAUAUACAUGCACACAUAAUAUUUUAUAUUACACAUACAGUGAUGCGUGACUGUGUAGUGUGUACAUGCCCAUAGGCGUGUAUAAUGUAACGAACAGCAUCUUCUAAUGCACAAAGAGAAGAAUAUACAGGAACGUGCAUAUUUGUACAAUGUUAAUGAACAAAAAUAUGCUCAGACAUUCACUAGUAUGGACAUGCAUGCACUAUAGAUAUACUGAUUACACAUACACAGUGGGGCUGGGAGGAUGGGGCUAGUGUUUUGUUUGCUUGUGACUGGGGUAGCAAGAGGAGAUGGCUUGCCCAUUUCAGGGGUAAGUGCGAUACAGAAUGCAGAACCUCUUGGGAAGUAGCAUUUUCAGACUUCAUUCUGCUGUGUGAUUUUUGCACUUCAUUGUGGGCCAUGACAUCAAUUAACAGAAUGGACACUGGGCAUGUUGCUCCCCAAGAGUUUCUCAAGUCACCAGUUAUGUUCCACUUGUCUUUGCUAAGUGGACUGGUGGUUUAUCAGCCCUGCCUAUUUAUAUAUAAAGCAGUAGUGCAAGGGCAACUUGACACAUGGGCCAGUAUGAACCAUUUGCAUCCCAGUCAAAAAGCUCCUGACCUGCCCCAUCCAACAGAAAGGAUUGCAGGAGGACUUUUUGUCCUUCCUCUCUCUCAGCACUUCCAACAAGGUGUAAAACGAUUGGUCAGUUGUCUUCCUGCUCCUGCUUCUCUCACCAUUGUGGCCCAUGAUUUUGUAACUUAUAUGUGGAACGAUGCAAUUUGCCUGCGACUGUACGGAUCUGUAUUAUUUUUAUUAUAUGUCUAUUAAAGCGUGUGACUUCUCUCUCUUCGAUGGGGGAGGGUGAGAGAAGAACUUUCCAAUGCAUCUUCUUUUUUUUUUACAUUUGCUAUGAAGAUAGGAACAAUGUCCUUAUGUUUUUUUUAAACCUUUUGUGUGCCAUGAGAUGCAGACCAUUGCUGCUUUUACAGCUGUGCCAUUCUCUGCUGGAGUAUUGAGACUGAAGGUGCUAUCCCAUUACUGUUAGCAGGACCAACGAUAACAAGUCAGGCCUUGUGGCAGUUAGAGGUGAGAUGAGAAUACAGAGUAAAUGAGCCAAGAGAGGAGGGGCCAAGUGGUUAUGUGCCAUUUUUGCAAUAUAUUCUAUACCAAUGUGAGACUUUGGGCAGAGUGCGGUCUCUCCCCCUCUUUCUCAGGCUGUCUUCCCGCGCUCUUUCUUCUCUGUCGACCUCUCAGACCCCCCCAAAGAAUAGAAUGCACAGAAAUGUUCUGGAGACAAUCCCCCUGCUGUAUCUUUGGGUGAGGGGUGUGUGUGUGAUGUGUGAACCCCUAACUUACUGACCACCCUCUCACCUCCCUCCUCUCGGUGUAUACCCUGUCUUACCGCCUCCAAUGAAGGAAAAUGGAAAUAAACCUUUUUUGUAAAGAUAAUACUGAAAAAAAAGUUAUUAAAAAGUAAUUUUGCUUAAAAUAAAGAAAUAAAUCUUUUAAAUGAUA